AUGGACAACUUACCACCAAUCGGGUCACUGGGCCCUCCCCAGAACACCAAUCUGCCUUGGGUUCGGUGGGCAGAGAUCGAUGCCGCAAACGACAACGCCCGCAACAGAAACACAGCUUGGAAGAUAUACCUCGUGUAUCUACGUGAAGGCUCUUCCUGGGAAGCUGAUAGCCAUCGAGAAAUAGGGCACUAUUUCCUCGUCGCACGUCUUUAUCGCCAACCACGAGUUUCAUGGAGUAGUCCCAGCGCGGCCCAACUCUGGCGGGCUGCAAAUCUAUGCGAGGAGAACUGGACUGUCGCUCUAGGCCACUUUCUUAUAACACAAUAUCCCACACAUGGACGAUUAUUGUUCUGGGCCUUCAACCGCCGAGUCUACCCAGCAGUCCACGGGGGUGUUCGUAGGCCCAGGCCGAAUGACACGAUAAACAGAACGAGUGGGCCUGGUCCUCCGACGGCCGAUGACACGGACAACCUUGUCUCGUUAUCUGAAAGCUUGGGCGUGGAAUCAUACUACUCGGGGAUUCCGCCUAUGGUCGUCCGAGUGGAGGUUUCAGAGAAUGCCUCCCAGUCCCUGGCACUUACGGACGACGACACGAAGGGGGGCUCACAGGAAUCAGAGAGCGGAAGUUUGUCUGAUGACAUCUCACCUGAAGGAAACUCUGCAAAUACAACGGUACUAGAGUCAUCCCCAGAGCCAGAGCUAGAGCCAGAAGCAGAGCUAGAAGAGGAUGGGCAACGGCCGCUGGUAGCAACAACACACUCGGGACAACAUGACAUAUCUAGCCGGAAUGAGCGCCUUUCAACAUCAUAUUUCAGAGCAUACUCACCGGCCUCAGUUCUCAACAACGCCUUAAGAGGCUUAGAGCCUGAAUUCGAAGAAUAUGAUACCAGGACAGGCAUUAGUCCCCGACUGCCCACCCCGGGGCUACCUCACCAUGAGCCUCAACCCAUGCACAUGGGCGGUGAAUUGACCGGACAUUCUGAUGUCCAGCUUCGCCAGACUAUCUCAGAACUGAUUCACAUCGUCAAGGGCGACGUUGACAAGCUGUCACAUGAGCUAUUAGUGCACAAGCGAGCAGCAGCAAAUCGACGAGCAGACAUCCGAGACGAUGCAGCAAGGUUGGGGGGGGAAUUCGACAAUUUUAGGACGAAUACUUUAGAUACCCUCGAAGGUAUUACGAAAAGAGUUAUUUUGGUCGAGCAAUCAGUUACACGCCUUUGUCAGAACUACGGUUCUAUGAACAGCCUCGAAGAGGCCAAUACUGGCGAUACUUCUCCAAUCCCGAGCCAUACAGAGAUGUUUACUAUGAUAUCGGCCAUUAAAGAGCAGAUUACGGGAUUGCUGGCCGUGGACAGAGCGCCUGAUCCGAGAGUGGCGCAAAUCCAGCGAUCUCUCAACACCACCCAGGGGUACUUUGAACAGUGCAUACAGGAUAUGGAGAAGGAUAUCUGGGAUUUAAAAAGGAAGCAUGAGGCAGACGCACUCACUAUCAAUAAUCUAAAGAGGCACAUAACAACACAGUUCCAGAUUAACGCAACAAUGAUGGAGACGCUGCAGUCCAUGGAGAUACGAGUGGACCAUCAGCUACGUGCCUUGGACGCUAGGCUCGAGGUGCGACAGGGCGAAUAA